AUGGCGAUAAUGAGCUGGGCUGGUGGAUCUGUGGGCUUCAGCAUAGUUCGUGACUUUGUCGCCUCAAGAACGCCCCCGGGUCAACUUCGGAAAUGUCAGGAGCUGCUCGCAGAGGUCGACGAACUCUUGGGAGAGCUCACCGACGAAGAACGUACCCGUAUGGCGCUCCUCAACCCAGAGUUCAUGAGUAGACUGUCGGAGGAUAUUCACACGUGGAAGUGGAUUAAACCCUUGCCAUCAACUUUUCCAUCUGUUACGAUAAACCCGAUAGGCACCCGGCUAAAUGCCAAAAGGGCCGGAGGCGGAGGCUCUUCCGCCUCUCGCCCCCGGUCCCGCGUCACCUCCUGGCCUCCUUCCUUAUCUUAUCAGCCACCCGGCGGGUUGUAA